AUGUCUUUCCAGCGCGGCCGCAAGGGCUGGCGGACCGGCAGCCCGGAGCGCCUCUCGAUGUUCAUCGAGGCGGACUCCAUGGCGCAGCGCGGCUGGGCGCUUGGCGGGAGAGGAGCGCAGGCUGCUCCUGCUCCCGCGCCCGAGCCGCCGCACGCGGCGCCCUCCCUACCGGCGGCUGCGCUCGGCUUCGCGGUGCCUCCGUGGUGCGUUGUGCCGGCGCAGCCAUGCGCUGCGCGGCUCCUGGUCACCAGCGGAGGCGUGGCGCGCAUCGACCGGCAGGGCCGCCCAGAGACGCUGCAGAUAGGCAUGACGAGAGCCGUCGUCGCUGGCCGCUCUCCGGACGCCGAUGUGGUGCUCGAGCACCCGUCGGCGUCGCGGCGGCAUGCGGCUGUGCUGCACCACGCGUCCGGCGCGGUCUACCUCGUCGACCUCGGCUCUGCCCACGGCACGUUUCUCGCAGGCACACGGCUGCCGCCGCACGAGCCAACCGUGUGGGCGGACGGCACCGCGGCUCGCUUCGGCGCGGCGCAGACGCAGCACAUCCUGCUCCAGCGGCGCGAGUCGUUGCCGCAGCCCGCCGCGCUUCGGCCGCCGCCGCAGCCACAACCUCCCUCCAAGGCGGCGUCGACGGCAGCCGCCGCACCGCAGAGACUCGAGGCGGGACUGGCAGCCUCAACAAGAGCACGCAAGUAG